AUCUGAGCGAAUCGCCCACCGUUACACCGUAUUCCCAGCAACGCCAGAGGAAAUACACGGCAACGUCUCGGGGGCGGCGCGCAGAGCGAGAGACUACGCCGGAGGCGAAGCGGAAGCGGAGAAUUUGGUAAUCGAGAUCUCCGGGAGAGCCAAGAGAGACGAGAGGCGGCGCCAAUGGAGGAAGAGCUCAAAUCACUUCUCCAAGACGUCGAAUCGCUCCAGCGAUCUCAAACCAAAUCCCCCGAUUCAAUCGACGAGAUGCAACAGAAAGUAGUUAGAAUCAUGAAUCUUGCAAAGACUGGGGCCUCGCGGCGCUCCAAAGUCAAGGAUAUGAGUGCCGAGGUGGUGGACAGCAAUCCCUAUAGUAGGCUGAUGGCCCUUCAGCGCAUGGGCAUUGUGGAGAACUAUGAAAGGAUACGAGAAUUCUCGGUUGCAAUAGUCGGUAUAGGUGGUGUAGGCAGUGUUGCUGCAGAGAUGCUCACAAGGUGUGGAAUUGGUCGCUUGUUGUUGUAUGACUAUGACACGGUGGAGUUGGCUAACAUGAACAGAUUAUUCUUUCGUCCUGACCAGGUUGGCAUGACCAAGACAGAUGCUGCUGUCCAGACCCUUUCAGAUAUCAAUCCAGAUGUUGUUUUGGAAAGCUAUUCAUUAAACAUCACAACUGUAAAAGGGUUUGAAAUCUUCACGGAGAGUCUUAAAUUUCAAGGCUCCCAGAAAUCUGGACGAAGUACUGGAGUUGAUCUUGUUUUGAGCUGUGUUGAUAAUUAUGAGGCUCGUAUGGUUGUGAACCAGGCAUGCAAUGAGCUGGGUCAGACAUGGAUGGAGUCUGGUGUAUCUGAAGAUGCUGUUUCAGGUCAUAUACAACUGCUGGUUCCUGGGGAAACUGCUUGUUUUGCAUGUGCCCCUCCUUUGGUUGUAGCAUCUGGAGUGGAUGAACGUACACUCAAGCGAGAAGGUGUGUGUGCUGCAUCUUUGCCAACAACCAUGGGGGUUGUUGCUGGUCUCCUAGUUCAGAAUGCGCUUAAAUACUUGCUGAAGUUUGGCCAAGUUUCUCCUUAUUUGGGAUAUAAUUCACUAAAAGAUUAUUUUCCAACCAUGGAAAUGAGACCAAAUCCACAAUGUUCGAACUUGGCAUGUGUUGAGCGGCAGAACGAAUACAUCCAAACAAAACCAGCUAGAGAUGCUGCAGCUAAGGUGAAGGUGGAAGCUGAAGCAUCAGCAGCAACAGAAGGCCCACUUCACUUGGAGAAUGACUGGAAUAUAAGAUUUUACUUGUUUAUACAGUGUUGUUGAUGAUACCGAGAUGGAAACAUCAAAUGCUUCCAGUGCAUCAGGUGCUCUUCCGGAAGGGCUUACCCAUGAGCUCCCAAGCGCUGACAAAUAUCCGGAGUCACUGGUUGUUGGAGAGGCGAGCCCUGUGGUGGAUGAUCUUGAGGAUCUACAGCGCCAGCUUGAUGCCCUCAAUGCAUUGUGACCUUCCAGAAACAUAAACCUCCAUGCAAUUUUAUUUGAACCCUUUUUUUCUGGUGCAAAGGGUAUUUAUCAGUAACAUUGGCUUCCCUGAUUCCCUUCUGAAAAGAAAAAAGGGGAAUGGGGGAAAGAGGUCUUGAUCUAAUUAUGAGUUACAUUAGCUUCCUUUGUUCCUUUCAGAAAAGGGAAAUGGGGGGAAGGGGUCUUGAUCUAAUUAUGAGAGACCUUCAGUUCUUAUUCACUUAACCCGCAUUCCUCCAAAUGCUACAGAAUUUAAGUUUACUUUUCUAUGGAGCCGCAAAAGAUCUAGUGCCUGCAAUCUUUGGUG